AUGUCUUCCCCUGACGUUAUCAUUAUUGGUGCUGGCCCAUCGGGCAUCUCCAUGGCCUAUACGAUCAAGCAUAAACUUGGCUAUAGCGAUUUCACGAUAUACGAGAAACUCGACGGUGUAGGUGGAACAUGGCGUACAAACACCUACCCAGGAAUAGGUUGCGACGUUCCUACAAUCUUAUACUCGUUUCACUUCAACAUCAAUCCCAAUUGGUCCAAGGAACUUUGCGAGGGUGCAGAAAUCCUUGAGUACAUCGAGUCAACCGUGGAUAAAUUCAGCUUAAGAGACCAUAUGCACUUCUCCAUUGAAUGCCUUGGGGCCUCUUGGAACAAGGAGACAAACAAGUGGGACGUCAAAUUCAGGGAUUGCAAAACCGGCCUAGAGUUCGUCAGGAGUGCCGCCGUCUUCAUCUCAGCGGUCGGUGGCAUUUCUUAUCCCCGCGAUGUUAAGUUCCCUGGAAUGGAGAAGUUCCAAGGAGCUAUGUUCCAUACUGCGAAAUGGGACCACAGCUACAAUUACAAAGGCAAACGUCUCGCAGUUAUCGGAAACGGCUGCUCUGCUGCCCAAGUUGUCCCAGCAAUCAUCAAUGACGCAGCAAGUGUCAAGCAGUAUGCCAGAUCAGCACAGUGGUAUCACGAACGACCUAAUCGAAACUUCACCAAGACCGAGACUUGGGCAUUCCGCUAUAUUCCUGGGUGGGAACGAUUGAGACGACUACAAAUCUUUCUGGAGAAUGAUGAAUUAGUGGCCACCUACAUGCCUGGUGCCAAUGCAACGAAGAAGCGCAAGUUAGUUGAAGACCAUUCGAAGAAUUACAUCUGCUCUAGGGCGCCGGAGAAGUACCAUCAGGUACUCGUGCCAGAUUUUCCACUUGGUUGCAAGCGUCGCAUUUUCGACCCCAACUACUUAGAUGCAUUGAACGAACCGAAUAUGGAGCUCAUUUCUGAAGGAAUCCAAGAAAUUGAUGAAACCGGACUUGUCAGCACGAGCGGCCGCAGAGAAGAGUUCGAUGCCAUAAUUCUAGCAACCGGCUUCCAAGUCCAGCAAUUCCUCACACCGAUGGAGGUGUAUGGCAAGGGGGGCAAAUCACUGAAUCAGCAAUGGAAAGAACAUCGCGGAGCACAAGCCUAUAUGGGUUCUUUUGUACACAACUUUCCAAAUUUCGCUAUACUGUUUGGUCCAAAUACAUUCCCCGCCCAUAAUUCGGCUCUAUUCACAUGCGAAGUCCAAGUCGAUUUCGUCGCACGAAACCUCCUUGCGCCACUCAUUGAUCAUAAAGCUUCCAUCCUCGAGGUGAAGGCUUCGAAGGAGAGUCAAUGGGUGAACGAUAUCCAUCGGCAGUUGCAGGGAUCUGUUUUUGCUGCAGGCUGCACAAAUUGGUACAUCAACGAGCAUGGUCGCAAUGCAGCAAGCUGGCCGGGAUAUGCCAGUACAUAUUGGAAAGAGGCAUCCAUCCCUCGAUUUGGCAUCUUCAAUAAGCAAGGGGACGCAGUGGGCGCUGCAAAGCGACCGGUGCAAUAUCGUCCUAUCUCUUCGUCAAUACCUAAGCGUAACGAAUCAAGCCCGCCUUCGCAAUCGCCUGCCUUCAAAUCGAAUACAACAAGUGCAAAAGACACGAGAUCGCUUAGCGAGCGGAUGAGCCUAAAAGGCAAGACCACCAUCAUUACUGGGGGAGCUCGAGGCAUUGGACUAUCGUUGGUAGAAGCCGUGGCAGAUGCUGGCGGCGAUGUUGCCAUCCUUGACGUGCUUGAACAACCGAAAAUUGAUCUUUCAACACUAGGCGUGAAUGCACGAUACUAUCGGACCGACGUAACCAAACAAAACUCCCUAGAAGAUACAUUCGGGCGUAUAGGCAAGGAUUUUGGACGAAUAGAUAAUUGUGUUACGGCUGCCGGGAUCGUCGCCGACAAACCGUUUUUUGAUCAUCAAUGGGAUGAAUGCGAGCGGCUCCUGAAAGUCAAUGUACUUGGUACCUUCUUCUGUGCCCAACUUGCGGCGAAGGCUAUUCGAGAUCAAGGCACGGGUGGCAGUCUAGUAAUGAUCGCUUCGAUAGCAUCGUACAUGUCCCUCCCAUUGCAACAUCUUCCCUUUUAUGGCGCAACGAAAGGAGCGGUGCGGAUAAUGACGAAGCAGCUCGCUGUGGAGCUUGCGCCUCUAAACAUACGAGUGAACUCCAUCUCUCCGGGCUUCAUUCGAACGGACAUGACUGAACUUUGUGCGGUUCAGCAACCAGAACUUUACUCCGUGUUCAACUCAGCGCCGCCAAUAGGGAGAAUUGGUGAGACCACAGAUAUCACUGGUGCUGUGAAUUAUCUCUUAAGCGAUGCCGCGGCUUACACUACUGGCAUUGAUAUCCCAAUUACUGGUGGUUUGAUUGCGGGACGAAUUACCCAUUGAUAGGGAGCGACAGAGGAAAG